AGUAAGCUCAAACAGAAUGAAAUAAAUAAAAUCCUGUAAGAGCUGAAGAGGAUCCAGGCCGAGAUUCAAAGAACGCUGGUUGUCCACCGGCAAAAAGUAUUGCGUCGUAAAACAGAUGAUCAGCUUCAUGCAGCUCAGGAAAGCACUUUCAUGACAGCUGCGAGGGAAAAAAUUCCUAAACUGUUUGAACGAUUGGAGAGCAGUGGAAAUCAGGAGAAUGAGCAUUCUAAGCUAAUGGGCUACAUCAUGGGCUACCUGCGCAUCCUCACUGGACACAGAUCGGUUGUCCUCACCAACAUGACAAAGGAAAAUGUGGUCAACUUUGACUGUUGGAAUCAUGGUGAGAUAUUCCAAGUCCUGGUUGAUGACCACAAAACCAUGCAGUCAUUUGGUCAGGCUGCAUUCAACCUAAAUGAGGAGGAAUUUAGGUGGCUGGAAAACCUCGUCAACUGCAAGUGCUGUCCUCAAGGUCAGGCCAGUGAUUAUGUUUUCCACACAACACUUGGAAAACAGAUUGGUAAGGCCGGGCACUUCCUUCAUCUCGCUUGGGUGGACUGUGGAAUGAAGGGCACAAUCAGUUUUAACAAGAUCCGGAGCAGUGUCUCUACUCAAGCCAACCAAUACCUCUCUGAGAAGGAGAGAAAACAGGUGGCAAAAGCCAUGUGCCACAACCCCAGCACGGCAGAGAGAUUUUAUGUGGCUCUACCAGAAAAAGUCACGGCAUAUGAGACAAGGUGGCCGAGACCAAAGGCGUUAAAGAUGACCAUUGUGAACACCUCUGAGGAGGAUGAAAACAACACUGAUAAGUCAUUAGAAGACACACCAAAGGCGAGCACAGAGGAUGAGGAGCCAAUCUACGAUGACCACGAGUCCUCUUCACUGUCAUCUGAAGAGUUAAGGAUCAUGCGUAAAAGACGUGGAAGGCCUUUCCAGUCAAGUAGCGGCAUUAGAAUCUCCUCCAGUUGUGAGGUUCCCGCACCAUCACAGGACAGACUUCCACCAGCUCAACUUCUCAAGUCCAAGAGGCAAUUGGAUUUCUCAAUGGAAGACGGCUCAAAUAUACUUGUCUGCACACCUUCAAAGUUUUCUUGUGGUGAUGAGAAGUUGCGCCAAACAAUUGCUGAUGAUUGUCUCUUCAAAGCAAAUCUUUCCAAUGCCCUGCCUGGGCAAGCACCCCUUGCCGACCUAAAGAACCUACCUGCACACCUAACUGAGCAGAGCACCAUGUUCCUUGCAGCACAGACGGCUCUGGAGGAACCAAGUAGCGAGCCCGAGCCCCUCACUGCCAAGACCACAGAUUGUGUGUCAGUGCCCGAAACUGAGCUGGUCCCAGGGAAUGUGCCAGCACCCUUGAGCCCCGUACAGCAGACUCCCGACUGGCUGAUACAAAUACAAGAGGAGAAGGAUGCACAAACCCCAGUGGGACUGGACCCAGAAUGUGUUCUGAAUCUUAUGUUCCAGGAGAGACCAGAGUUGGUGUCAGAAACACCAGAAGACCAGAUGCCACAAACCUAAGCAGAGGAGGUGCAGAAGCCCUAGCCAGGCAGGACCCUGGCAUGUGCUCAAAAACCCAUCAUGCAGGUGACCCAGGAGUUGGUGCCACGAACGCCA